AUGUCUCCGAAAGAGCCGCCAUUGAUUUUGCCAGUUGAGCAUGGGUCUCAUUCGACACCAAGUCGUCCUAUGAUGACACCGACAACUGAGCCCGCACUGGAGGAACGACUAUUCCACCCUGACGCUUCCAUCGUCCUUAUUGGAAUUCGAGCUUCGGGCAAGAGAUCUUUGGGGUUUAUUGCGGCGACCGCUCUGGGCAGAAGGUUUGUGACUGAAGACCACUAUUUCCAGAGCUUCAACGGUCUUUCUCGUCAAGAGUAUCUCCGAAUUCAUGGAAGCGAGCAAUUUCACAGACAGGACAUUGCAACGUCAAAGCGAAUGCUAGAGGAGAACCGAUAUGGAUGUGUCAUUGACUGUGGCCUGGGGAGUCUGACAAGUAGCCUUCAAGACUACCUAAGACUGCUCUGCCAGACAAAUCCUGUUGUUUUCAUUCUCAGAGACAUGGACCGAAUACAGGCAUUGCUUAAUCUGGAUGAUCGGUCCGCCAAACUGCUCGAGAAUGGAAAUUCCACACACAGGAAGUGCUCAAACUAUGAAUAUUUCAACCUCGAGGACGAUUCAAUGGCCAGAUCUACCGAACUGGACGAUGCAGAUCGGGCUUCACCUAACUAUUCCUUCAAGCUUCGCCAUGCACAGGCAGACUUUUCCUCGUUCGUACGCUUGAUAACAGGAACGAGAGCGCAGCAGUCCAGCAACGAUUCGCCCUUCUCCCUAGCUGUGCCUAUUGAACAACGCACAUACACUCACGCACUCGAGGUCAAACUCUCGACUUACAUGGAUGGGCAGAUCGACUUUGCUGCCCUGGAAUCUGCAGGCGAUAUUACAGAAAUUUACGUUGACGUUUGGAAUUCUACUGCGAUGAGGUCCCUGAGCAAGCUAGUCGGGAUGGCAAGAAGAGCACUUGAUCUACCGAUUUUGCUCUCUGUCACUACCACGCUUGCCGAUGCAAGCAGCAACACCUACCUGGACAUUCUCAGACAUGGCUUUCGCUUGGGAGUCGAAUACCUAUCCGUCAAUUUGGAACUUGAUGACCAUACCCUGGCGCACAUCAAAGCAAUGAAAGGCUAUACAAAGCUUGUCGCUACCUAUACCCCUAAAACUCCAACGAAGCAGGGAUGGAAAGACCGCAUCUGGAGGACAAUGCUUGACAGAGCCGCCGCCGAAGGCUUCACUAUGAUCCGGUUCCUCAAUGUGCCAAAAUCACGAUUAGAUAACGACUCGCUCAUAUGGUUCUUGGAAGAAACGAGAAAUAUCCAACCCAAACCAAUCAUCUCGGCGUUCAAUAUUGGAGGACUGGGACGCACAUCACAGAUAUUGAAUCCAACGCUGACCUCUGUGACACAUCCGUCCCUGCCACGUCCACAAUUGCCCCAGUUCCAGCCUCUGCUAUCCUCCAAGGAAAUAACCGGUGCUCUAUUCGACAUUCAUGUCUUUGACAGCCUCAAAUUUUACGUCCUAGGUGCGAACGUAUCCGGUUCACUAUCGCCGGCGAUGCAUAAUGCCGCAUACGCAUUUCACGGUCUCCGUCACAGCUGCAUGACGAAGAACAUAACAUCAUGGCAAGAUGCGGAAGAGCUAGCCAAGGAUGACAGCUUGUGCGGAUUAAGUAUCGUCCAGCCCUACAAGGUCAAAAUAUUCUCUCAUUUGUCCUUGUGCAGCGGCCACGCAAGAGCCAUCGGUGCUGUCAAUACUAUAGUGCCACUGCGAGCGGACACCUCGGGCAAUGUCCCCGCCGUGGAGAUUCAGGCACAGGAGAGGAAUCGUGCCGGGGUCAUCAAAGGUUGGUAUGGAGAAAACACAGACUUUAGGGGCAUAAUGACAUGCGUUAAUCGAAGUCUCUCACCUCGCAAUGCUAUACAACCCAAAUCCACAGCUCUUGUGGUCGGUGCAGGAGGAAUGGCUCGAGCCGCUGUCUAUGCUAUGCUACAACUGGGAUGCAAGAACAUAUUUAUGUACAAUAGAACGCUUUCGAAUACGAGAGUCGUUGCUAAUCAUUUCAACGAUUGGGCCAGGUCUCAAGUGAAAGCAAAUGGGUCUGGGCUCACGCCAUCAAAUCCUGUCAAGGUGCUUGACUCAACAAGUGAGGAAUGGCCCAGCGGGUUUUUCCCUCCCACCAUCGUGGUGUCAUGCGUUACGCAUGAGCUGCUAGAUGGGAGACCCGGAGCGGAUUUUGAGUUACCAGAGUCAUGGAUGCAGUCACCCAGCGGAGGAGUUAUCCUUGAAAUGGCCUACAUGACCAAAGAAACCCCUCUCGUCAAACAGAUGAAGUCCUUCCGCGAGUUAACUGGCCGGCCGUGGGUCAUUGUUGGCGGUAUCGACGCUUUAAUUGAGCAAGCGUUGGUCCAAUUCGAAACCUUGACUGGCAGAAAGGCACCAAAACGUUAUAUGGCAAAGGCAGCGUGGGACACAAUUCACCAGAAUACCUCGUACCUUGUCGAUGGCCAACAGUAUUUCAGUGAUCGGCUUGCAAGCUGA